UGGCGGUAUUAACAGUAACUAAAGUUUUUCGCGGUAUAAAGAGUUUUGUUGUCUCGUUGUUAAUUUCAAAAAAUGCCAUAUAUCUAUUUAACGAUGUAAAAAAGUUAUUAGUUAUUUAUUCGCGUCUGCUAACAAAAAUUAUAUUAAAAAAAAGAGACAACGUUGAUUGAAUGCUUUGAAAAUUUAGUAAGAUUGUUUUGUCAUAAACAACUGCAUGGAUAUAUCUACUGAUUGUUCCAAACUAAAGUGAAAUGGCUGAUUUUUUUGGUAUCGUGUUUCUCCGAUUCUGUUUUCAAUAACACUAUUUUUGAAUGAAUGAGCAUGUCGGUUCAAGUCUUGAGGUAAAUGGUUUGUUAUCAAAUCAAAGAUGUGUACGACAGAAAAUUCGAGCGUCGAGUUGCCAUCAGUUGAGAGUUCUGAUACAAUGAGUAACAUCCUUCUUCCUUGCACGUGUUUGGAACUGCAAUGGUUUUUUCUUCAUGCACAGCAACUUUAAGAGGUACAAGGAAUUUGUACACUUUGAUUUUUUUCUGAUUGUUUCAUUAACUCGUUUUGAAAUAUAAUUUUAAAAAAUUGAUGAAUUUUACAAUUGAAUUUGUUCAACAGAGUAGUACAGAAGAUUCAUUUGAGUCCGUUGGGGACAAGUCUUUGUUGAUAAACAAACCAAUACACACAACGAGAAACGGGGAUGGUUUUAUUGAAAUGCCGAAAAUGCCUUGCAAUCAAGAAGACUCACCAGAUGUAACCUGGCCCAAGAGAAGAGUAUUCAGAAAUUUUAUUGGUUCAGAUAGUGAGGAUGAAUUUGAAGUUAAAACUGGUUCUCAGGGGUCUGAUACAGCCUUGAGUUUCAGCAAGAACGAGAGUUCAACAAAGACAUUUGCGAACAAUAAAAAUCCCGAUAAUUCUCGAGCUAAAAAAAGUCCCUUGAUAAAAAACAAAUCUGGAAGCAAGGCUUCUUUACCCAAUGAGUCUCCGUACUUGGACGACUCCGACGAUGCUUUUCAAAAGUCAGUCGUUAAGUCAUCACCAUUGAAACGCGUCUCUAGUAACUCACGAAGCAGCAUAAUAUCUAUUGAAUCGGACAGUAGUAACUCGCCAUUCAAAAGUCCACAAAAAACACCGACUAAAAAGUGGCGAGGACCAGAUUAUAAAUUAAACCUGAAGCCAUUGGGCAUCGACAGCCAGCUCAAACCAUGGAUCGAAUCAAUGAGAAAAAAGCCUGUCAUGCUGUCAACGCCUGGGAACAACCAGCUAACGGAGCACUGCCAACAUUUGAAAAAUCUUCAACUAGAGAUUUUAGAAAAAUUUGCUAUUGCUUUUGAAAAUAUUCCUGUACCUGUAUUAGAACAAUUUCCAAAAUUCGAUGCCGAUACGUUCGGUCGAUUGAAGACAUUGAAUAAACAUGUACAGGCCAAAAUAAAACGAACCGAAAAAUUGAUCGCAGAAUCAAAUAAAAUACAGUCACUGAAUAAAUCUAUCGAUUCGGAAUUUCCCGAUGACCUCGAUGAAUAUGUACCGCUGCCAGCCAGACUGGAAAAUACAGUGGCAUUCAAAAGUCAUUCAAAAGUUCGUCCGCUUAUUGGCAAGAGUGAACACGAUGACAAAGAUGAACCACUACCAUCGACAAGUUCAGGUAAUGGAAUAUCCUCGUAUUUCCAGCAAUCGAAACUCCCCGAAUCUUCGAAAAUUUUACAAAAUCGAAGUGACAAAGAAGAAAGUAUACGUGAAAACUCGAACAUCACCCCAAAAAUAGAAAGCACUACGAGUAAAGUCCAACAAAAUUCAAAAGACACGCCGGAUAUUACAUCACCGAUGCAACCAAAACGAAGUACUUUCCAAUUAAAAAGACCAAUGAAAGCUGCCAUUUCGACGAACGUUACCAAAAUAAUUGAUGAGAUAUUGGAACGACAUCCACCACUCAAGUCUUCACCGAUAGAAAACAAAUCAUCACCGAGCCAAGCGCCCACUGAAAUAAAGUCAUCUCCGAUGGAAAACAAACUUUCACCUAUGAGACGAAAAACAUCGACAACAGAAACGUCACCACUCGCUUCUUCACCGCCAAAUUACUCCGAACCGCCAAUAGAAAUGACCGAUAUCGACGACGAGAUUGAAGACGACGAAGACGAUGAAUCAUAUCGGUUACCCAUAAAAACAACGAAACCUUCCACCACAACAACCGAUCCCGAUCCAUGGGUCGAUCUUGACGACAAUUUUGAAUCUGAAGAUUUCACUUUGUCGUCCCAACAAAUUGAGCCUUCAAUAUCUCAAGAAUUCAAAAGUUUCAGCGAUUUUCUGGGUCCCUCAACUUCGACGAAGAAAAGUAAUUCGACCGAUUCACCAGCUAAUGUCAAAUCAAAAUCAGACCAAUAUGCUUUUGAGAUCGGCAAUUUCACUGGAAAUUAUAAGAACGAUGGUGUUAGCGGUGAAUUCGAUGGAACCAAUUACCCACAUUCAGCGGAAAUGUUGAAAAUAUUUCGACGAACUUUUGGUCUUUAUUCAUUUCGACCGAAUCAACUACAAGCUAUAAAUGCUAUUUUGCUAUCUUACGAUUGCUUUAUACUGAUGCCAACUGGGGGAGGAAAAUCUCUUUGUUAUCAACUACCAGCUCUCAUUACACCAGGCCUCACGAUCGUGAUUUCACCUCUGAAAAGUCUUAUCAUCGAUCAAGUUCAAAAGCUCACGUCUUUGGAUAUCCCUGCCGCUCAUAUGUCAGGAAACAUCACGGAUAAACAGUCCGAUGCAAUAUAUCGCGAGUUGUCCAAAGAAAGUCCUGCUCUGAGGCUCUUGUACGUGACGCCUGAGAAAAUUUCAGCCUCGCAAAAGCUUUGUGGUGUUAUGAUGAGGCUCUACGAGAGAGGUCUUCUCGCAAGAUUCAUCAUUGACGAAGCUCAUUGCGUCAGUCAGUGGGGACACGAUUUUAGACCUGAUUAUAAAAGGUUAAAAGUAUUGAGAGACAAUUAUCCGGGAGUUCCAACCGUCGCUUUGACAGCGACUGCAACACCUCGAGUGCGAACUGAUAUUUUGCAUCAGUUGAGCAUGACAAAUCCAAAGUGGUUCCUCAGCAGCUUCAAUAGGCCGAAUCUUAGAUACAGCGUUAUUUCGAAAAAAGGGAAAAAUUGCGCGGACGAAGUGAUUGCUAUGAUUAAAACAAGAUGGAAAAAUGAGUGCGGCAUUGUUUAUUGUCUCUCGCGAAAAGACUGCGAUGAUUACUCAGCCCAAAUGAGAGCCAACGGACUUAAAGUGCUUAGUUACCACGCUGGUCUUUCGGACAAUCAGCGCUCCGAUGCUCAAGGCAGAUGGAUUUCCGAAGAGAUCAAAGUAGUGUGUGCGACGAUAGCUUUUGGAAUGGGAAUCGAUAAGCCGAACGUGAGGUUCGUCAUCCACGCUGCGAUACCAAAAUCGAUCGAGGGUUAUUAUCAAGAGAGUGGUCGCGCUGGCCGUGACGGUGAUCUCGCCGAAUGUAUUCUCUUUUACAGCUACGCGGACGUAUUUCGAAUGAGAAAAAUGAUCGAGAUGGACAGAACUGCGGGUCCUGACGUUAUUAAAACGCAUAUCGAUAAUCUCAUGAAAAUGGUUUCCUUCGCGGAGAAUCAAACGGAUUGCAGAAGGACACAACAGUUGAAUUAUUUCGGUGAAAUUUUCAGCAAGGACAAGUGCAUUGCGAACAAGGCAACGGCUUGCGAUAAUUGUCGAUGCAAGGACGAUUUUGAAAUGGUCGACGUGACCGCGGACACCAAAGCGAUCCUUAACGCUGUACGAGACAUCAACAGAAGUCGCAAGUGCAAUUUGACACUGCUUUAUCUCACGGACAUUUACAAGGGUAGUAAUCUCCAGAAAAUAAGAGACGCUGGUCUCACAAACAGCCCGAUUUACGGUCGAGGAAAAGCUUGGAACAAAAUUGACAUCGAACGGCUGCUUCACAAACUCGUGAUUGAUGAAUUACUCCAAGAGGACAUGUACAUCAAGAACGAAAUGGCCUGUGGGUACAUCAAAAUUGGUCCCAAAGCCCUGGACUUCAUGAGAUCAAAUGACACCAAGAUACUAUUCUCGAUGCGAUCUUCAGCGAGCAGCUCAACGGGUGUCGCAACUGUGUCCUCGGAAGCACAGCCGGUGAAUAAAAUAAUGAAGGAGUUGCAAGACAAGUGUUACGGAGAAUUGAUAGAAAUCGUGAAGGGCAUUGCGGGAGCUCUUGACGUGUCAGCGUCGUCGAUCAUGAACAUGAUCGCGAUACGGGCAAUGAGUCAACAACUGCCAGAAUCGGAAGAAGCCAUGUUGAAAAUUCCUCACGUUACAAAAGCUAAUUUCGAAAAAUACGGAAAAGCUUUGCUCGACAUAACUCAAAAAUACGCAGCUGAAAAAUUGAUUUUGUUGAACGAAGGAACCGAGGAGGAAGAAGCAGAAGACACGAAUACGUGGAUUGAUGCCAAAACUUCGCCGAAGCGUUCACGAACAAGAGGUCGCGGUACAAAGCGCAAAACUUCAAGUUAUCGGGGUGGCAGUGCUAAGAGGCACCGAGGAAGUUACGGGUUAGCAAAAACAUCAAUUUCAGUGAAAAAUAUUCGAUUAUCAGUAAAAUGUUGUUUUAUAAAAAUGAUCAAUUUACAGUGGUCAGUGGACGAGGGGAGCAGCGUCGUCUCGCUCCGGCAGGGGCCGUGCUGUGACGAAAAGUCGAACGGGACUCGUUGAUUUUACUCAAAAAAAAGAUUUCCAAUCGGAUCCUCAUAGAUUUGGUCAUAUAGGAUUGUGAGGUAUAUCUGUUGCGUUUACUUGUAACCAAUGAGGAAUUCAGGCCCAGCUCUAUGUGCUCAGUUUUCAUCGUUCCCUCGUACUAAAGAGAAAACAAGUUUUUAUUUCACGUUUUGUGUUUUUUUUCGUUACGGUCGUUUUCUUGUUUCAUCCGUUAGUUUUCGUCACUUGUUAUGAGCAGCAUUCCUGGGAUUUUUUCGAAACAUGUACAUACAGCGUUAAACUAAAAUAAAUACUUCUUUUUAUA